AUGUCAACUUAUUGUGAGUUUGAGGAUAUUUGUGGAAAGCGAGGGCGUCCGCCAUUGAACUCCAAGGAUGAGGAAGUCAUGGUGCAGUCCUUCUUUCAACCCUUUGGGCAAUCUUCUCGUGAUGAUCAAUCUGGACGCUUCAGUCAGAGAGGAGAUUUGGAAAGAGGGCCAUCAGGAGGAUCAGCCAGGUCAGGAGCUCAUUAUCCAGACAAUCAAGAACUCUUGGAUUAUGAUUACCCUUCUGUUCCAGUGCAAAAGGUGACAAUCAUGACCGAGGAUGCUGCCGAUAUCGAUCCAAGACCAAUGUCGCGCAAGGCUUCGUCUCGUUUCCACCCGUCUCCUCCGCGAUCGCGUUCCGCACCUCAGUCGGACAAACAGCCUUUUGACGUUCCCACCAACAUUCAAAUCACCACCAAUCCUCGAAAUCAUGCAACGAUGUACCAGAACAAUAGUAACAACAAUCAAGUGCCGCCACAAUCAGCACAACGAGGUCCUCAACGCUAUCGUGGUGGUGGUGGUGGUGGUAGACAGGAAGAAGAAUCCACCAUUUUUGGAGAGGACAUGAAAUCAGCCAAUACCAUGCUAGACGAAGCUGAUUUGCGAACUCCACCGAGAACCCGCAAUGCCAACAUGCGUCAACAGCACCCCCAACGUUCGCCCCACCACCGAGAACCUCAUAUCGACUACAGUAACGAGGACGAUUCGGCCAUGUUGGGAGGAUUGCAAUUCGUUUCGGAAACUGGAACUGUGAAACCACUCUUUCCUAUUACCGAAUCCUCCCAGCAGUCUCAACAAUCCAUGUACUCGUAUUCGGUGGAAUCGGCAAGCCAUCGAUCGAGUCCAACGCCUAUGGAGGAUUUACCAUUGGAUGAAUACAAUGUGACUCUGGCCAUGGACGAUUAUUCCAAGUCUUCCAGUCCAUCUAGAGGAUUUGGAGGCAAUGUGAGGCAUCGACUCCCUUCCCAGAAAAGGGCUUCCAAUUUUGCAGUUUUGGAGCGUCGCCGCAGCCGCUGUUUGAGAGGAUUUGGUAUCGUGACGAUUCUUUUGGCAAUUGGUAUUGGUGUCUUUGCCUAUAUGGAAAUUGUUGAUGGACAACAGAAUGUGACAAGAACGGGUAGUGGAUCAGGCUCGGAUCCAUCUCAAGCUGGCAAAUCGCAAGGUGGACCAAAACCAAACAACCCCGGACCAUCUGUGCCAUCCGAGCCAUCCGUGCCUAACCGUCCUCCAGAGGAAGUGGAGGAAUUGAAAGCAAGUGAGGCAUACAACAUCUUGGGUCCUCAAGUGGAGAACCCUGCCUUGCUCUUGGAUCCCGAGACUGCACAAGGCAAGGCCUUUGAUCGAAUAUUCCAGGAAACAACUGCGGCGCGAGAAGACUCGGGAGACGGUGCUGGAAGAUAUCUCGAAGAGUUAGCAGAACUGGAAGAUUUGGAACCUAUGGAAGAUGGACGUCAACUACAAACCGAGUUUAGAGAAUAUCGCAUUACCCAGCGAUUUGCGCUCAUGGUUCUGUACUUUUCGACUGGUGGGGAAAGUUCUUGGCUGAACAACAUGGGAUGGGAAGUCUUUGAACGCAACGAGUGUGAAUGGCAUGGAGUGGAAUGCUUCAAUCGCAACCGGAUAGCGACCAACGUGACUUUGUCACAAAAUGGACUGGCGGGAGAGUUGCCUUCAGAGCUUUGUUUGCUCAAGGAAGUGGAGUACUUAGUCCUAGACCAGAACGCCCUCUCGGGUGAUGUGCCAGAAUGCAUUGCAAAGAUGAAGAUGUUAAAGGACAUUGAUCUUCAUCAAAAUGACUUCAACAGUGUACUUCCCAAUGAAUUCUUCUUGUCUGAUUCCUUGCAAACCAUGGAUUUCUCGCUAAACCAAUUUAUAGGUGUGAUUGAGGUUCCUUCGGUAGACACGGGCAAGAAGGGCUUUCGAUCCUUUGGUGGCUUCAAGACCAUCAAGCUAAAUGACAAUAAGUUGUCGGGUCAAAUUGAUGAUGCGUUCAUGUUCUUUACGGGUUUGGAACGAUUGACGCUGCACAACAACAAUCUAGUGGGGGGAAUUGAUGUCAUGUGCGUACAUCCAUUGCGAGAGUUUACUGCGGAUUGUACAAAGGUGACUUGCACGUGCUGUUCGAAAUGCUACUAG